AAAUCCACAUCCUAUAAAUGUUUAGAAACAAAAAUCCUAGGCGUUCCCAGGCCAUUGCAGGAAAGGCCGGGAAUACCAUUCCAAGUUCCAAUGUUCCCUGGCCUCCCUGACACCAGUCGGAUUUCAGCACAAAACGCUGCCGGACCAGCCUAAGCGCUGGUAAUUCCCGAAGUCUGGGAAAUCGGGGCGUUCCCUUUAUGAGGCAGUCGGGGAAGUGUUUUCUGUCGAGGUUCGCUUUCCAGUUUCACUUGUAACAUUUCCCUGAAAUCAUGUGAUUCCAGGCUCUAUAAACCAGCGUCUGCGAAGACAAGCUGAUCAACAAGAGGAGACCUCCGAAGCAGCACCAUGAGCAACACUUUGAAGGAUUCCUUGAAACCAAAACUCGGCCAGCUUCAAUGUCACUUCACAUGGGCCCCACAGAAAGAAAACAUCGACUUGGAUGAUAUGGAACACAGAUUAGAAGAUUUAAUACAGGCUGGUGUGAAAUAUCAAGCCAUGCCUUAUAAUCAACUAGCUUUUGUAAACUGUCUGCAAGGAAACUGUGAAGAGGCAAUACAGAAUUUAAAGGAAGCUGAAAAAAUUCUGAAGGAGAAACACGAAGAUGAGUUUGAGAAAAGAAUCAUUGUCACCUAUGGAAACUAUGCCUGGGUUUAUUAUCACAUGGAGCGACUGGAAGAGGCUCAGUCCUACCUCGACAAGCUGGAGACGGUCUGUAAACUAUUUCCUGAAGCCUCCCGAUUUACAGCAAUGAUACCCGAGGUUUAUGGGGAGAAGGGUUGGUCACUGUUGAGGUCAACCAGGAAGUAUUAUGAGGAAGCAAAGGAAUGUUUUGAAAAGGCUCUGGAGGAAGAUCCUGAUAACACUGAAUGGAAUGUUGGCUAUGCCACUGUUCUGUCUCGCCUGGAAGUGUUUUCUGGAACCACAGGGUCUGGGGAAUCAGUGAAGUGGUUCAGACGUGUGCUGGAGCUUGAUCCUGAUGACUCUGUAUCCAUGGUGCUGUUGGCUUUAAAGCUUCAGGAGCUCAACAAAAAGGCGGAAGCAUUCACUUUAGUUGAAAGGGCUUUGCAGAAGUCCCCUGAUCUUCUAUAUGUGCUUCGAUACGCAGCCAAAUUUCACAGGAAAGAAGGAAAUUUGGAAAGGUCUUUGGAGCUCUUGAAAAGAGGAUUGAAAAUUGCCCCAGAUUCUGCCUUCUUACACCAUCAAGUAGGACUGUGUUACAAAACCAAACUAAUGCCACUGAUCAAAAACCCACACCUCAAAAAGCAUCGCAGUCUUAGCUCACAACAGAUAACUGAAUUGAUCAAUCAAUGCAAGUAUCAUUUUGAAAUGGCAAGCGAGAAUCGUCCUUUAACAUUUGUCAUUGCAAAGUUGGAUUAUGCGGUAGUCUGUUCAUUGAAUAAAGAAUAUCUCAAAGUAGAAGAGAUCUUCAGCAAUCUACUGAGGUCAGAGCAGAUGCAUCCUGAUGAUAGACAGUCAGUACAUUUUCAGGCUGGGUUAUUUGAACUGCAUCACAAAAGAUCAGAAUCAAAUGCCAUCGCCCAUUUUCUAGAAGGACUUAAAUUCAAACGUUCCUCAAAGGAAUGGGAAUCGUGUCGCAAAUACUUGAUCAAGAUUGCAACAAGACAAAUUGAUAGCAAUCAAAGAGACAGCAAGGCCUUUGGUAUCCUCGGACACGUAUACCAGCUGGCUGGGGAGAAGCGUAACGCCAUUGAAUGCUUUGAAAAGGCCUUACAGAUUGAUCAUGACAAUGAAAAAUACCUAAGUGCUCUUUUGGAACUUCGGCUUUCUCUCCAGGCUAAAAAUGAUACCCCAAGCUAAAGUUACAUGUGUCGCAUUAUAGUGUUGUCUUUAGGCCCAAAUGUGAACUUCAGCACAAUGCUAUUUUAAAGUAUUGCUGAUAAGAUUACAGGAAAAGCCUCUGCUAUAAUUUACUAGUGUAAUUGUAAACAUGAAAUCUUCAGUCAGUGUAAUAGAGUGUAAUCAUUUUUUAUCUGUUUGGAGUAACGAAUAAGCAUUGUAUCGGAAAGUGACGGCCUUUUACAAACUUUUGCUGUACUGAUAAAACUAUACGUCAUGAAAACUAAAGACUUCACUAAAUGUGUCAAUUCUUCACUUCUGAGAAACCUAUAUGAAAUAACAAGGUGUAGAGCUGGAUAAACACAGCAGGCCAAGCAGCAU